GUCAGCCUAUCAGAAGCGGCAGGUUGUUGAGUUCCUCCCAUAUCAUCACUGCGACAUGAUGAACCAUGAGGCACCUCACCUAGACUGUCUUAUGGAGCUCCAGGUCCGAUACACACAGUACCGACACACAGUCUUCCUGACCGAGCAUCAUUUUGAGAAGUUCCCUGCCUACUCUAGUAAUGGCAUCAUCGUGGCCAAGACUUGAAGAACUUCUGCAAAACUUCACCAGAUUGGUCGGUUACCAUGACAUCAAGGACAGGCAGCCAAUCAUUGAUGACAUGCUGGCUCCCAAAGGUCUCGGGGGGCAGCUGAGUCGUAGUGAUUCUGUGUCAGGCUCUGAGCGCUCUCCCUCUAUCUUCCCAGAACACAUCCAUCCCCUCUCCUCCUGUGACCAACCCCAACAUCUCCUCCAGCAGUCGGGCUCCACCCUCCCCACUCUCUCCCAUCUGUCCGACCAGCUCGUCCCGGACGCCUCCUGUAAGGACGGUGUGCCGCACCAUUCAGACACAGACUUUGAGGUUCUUCGACUGGCUAUCUCACAGUUACGGGCUGAGCGUCAGGCGCAGCAGCAGCAGCAGUUGGACUCUCAGGCAGAGUUGAGCAUCAGCUCCCUCAAAAGCUUCCUUCCCGAAGUCAUUUGUACAGGUAGCGGUCACACCACCCCUCUUUCAGCUCAAGGAUGUCCCACCGAGUUGGUGAAUGUCACUCAUGACAGGAAUGCAGUGGCAGCCACUCUGGAGAUGAUUCACUCAGCAUUGCAACAGGAGCCGGUGGAGGAGAGAAGGAGGGAGGACAGAUCAAAGACUCCCACAGAGGGACGGAGGAGAGGAGGAGGAGGAGAGGCUGGAGAUCAGAGAGAUGGUACUCCAGUAAGAGUGGUGGGGUUACUGGGAGGAAACCGGGGUCCCAGUAAUAGUGACACAUCCACCCCUUCGCCCAGUCAAAGUACAGCUGCAGUGACAGGGCCAAGUACACAGACAGACUCAACCAAUGACUGGAGAGAGAAAGCCAACCAACAAGGAGAACCUGUAUUUCCAGAAGCAGCUGAACCUGCUGCUGCUGCAGCCUCCUCCAGUACCACAGCUUGUCCUGUAGAUGGCGACAGAUUGAGAGACAUACAGUUGGGCCAGGAACAGCCAAUAAGAGGAGAGGGAGCACCAGCUGGCAACAGCACUGCCAGUGGCACCAAGAUCCAGCAGCCCCAACAACAUCUGCAGCAACUGAACAACCAGCCGCUCCAGCCGAGUUCGUCACAUCUACAACACAGCCAGCAGCAGCAGUGGGGCGCCGGCUUCCUGCAGCCCCCCCACCUGCAGACCCCCCACCUGCCUCAAUUCCCGAACCAGACUUUCUCCCGUGGCCCCAUGUUGGGGCCCAUGACUGCCCUGGGGGGUGGCCUCAUGGGGCCCAUGCCUGUUUGGCCAGGGGGCCUGGGCCCCGCAGGUGCUGCUGCCCUGGUCUGGGGCUUCCAACAGGCCAGCAGGGACUUCACUGGUCCUAGACCGCUGGGGGUGUACCACAACCCUGCAGGUCAGGGCAGCAGCAGGUACAGAGGAGGGCAAAGAGGAGGAGGCUUUAAUGGGAUGUAGAGAGCUGGUUUAACUGCACCAGCUGAAUAACUCCAAGUAAUGUUCCCAGAAACUACCACCCUGUUACCAGAUAAUUGGAGGUUGUGACACGCACACCCCAAAUAUUAACAGGUGCUGGGCUGAAAGACUGAAAGAAGGAGUGACCACACUCUGUAUGCAGCUCCCAAGGGUCAUUAUUUAUCACAAAGUCAGGGUGACUUCUGACUCUGAUCCGGAACCGUCAUAAUACUAAUCACGUCUCCAAGAAUCUGGACGUUUUUCAUCUGGUUCAUAAACUCGGGUACAGGAAGAAUGUUGAAAAAUACAAACUCAUCUCUUUUUUUUGACGUUUUUGCAUUAGUUGAUAGUGACAGUAGAGAUACAGGCAGGAAAUGCCAGCAGUGACAACAUGCAAAAGAGGUCCACAGCUGGAAUCAAAUCAGGAACGCUGCUGUUACAUGGCGUCUCAACCACUAGGCCAACAGAUGCCCCCUUAGUGGUGUUAGGUUGGAAAAGAAUUGAUGUUUCAAAAAUAGAAAAAUCGAUUUUAGGCAGAUGUAAAGUAACCAAAAACAUGAUUUACUGUGACAGGAAGGUGUCUUCCAUUAAAGGCAGUACAAAUCAUGUAAAAUCAAAGAUCGCUGCUCAGCAGCAGUCAGUGUUUCCACUGAUGACCGGAAGCUUUGUAACUACUGAAUAGUGUUGAACCUGCCUGACAUGGAUUCUUUUCCACCUUAAAAGUCACUGGUUUGUAUUGGGGCUUCUUUUUUUGCGAAUACAAACUACAGUUUUUCCAAAAAUACUCACUUUGAUCUAUUGAUGACUUACCCAGAACUCGGACUGUUGUUCUCUGCGCUGAACAGUUACGACACCAAACCAUCAGAGAAGUAAUGCGUAUUCUAGGGCCGCAACUAACGAAUAUUUUCGUUAUAGAUUAAUCUGCAGAUUAAUUGUUUGGUCUAUAAAAUGUUGGAUGAAAGCUAGUACGCAUUCUUUUUUUGCGUACAUUACCCACAAUGCAACUUGGCGACCGGCAGUUUGUUCGGAGAUUCAAGUGUGUAAUGCUAAUAGUGGCUAGUGUAGCAUCCAGCAUCUAAAUUCCUGUUAUAAUUUCUCACAUCCCAAGAAGAUGCAUCAUCACCGUCAGUCCAAAACCCAAUGAUGUUAGUUUACUAUCACAUUU